CAAAAAAAAGCCGAAAGACAACCAAUUUUAAAUGCGAUGCGACUAGGCCGGCUAUGGAUUAGUGUUUUUCGGAGAUUAUUAUUGCCAAUGUUAAUAAGAGUAUCGUAAAAAGUACAGUAUUUAAUUAGUUGCAAGAAUUUGAAGGCGAAGAGCAUCAUUCUAAUAAAAUUAAAAUGUUCAAAAGAAAGAAGAAAGACAAGGCUGAGAAGGAGAGAGAUAAAUUAGACAAGAAGUUAAGUAAAAAGGAUAAAAAACAUGAAGAAAAAAUGACACCAGAUGAAAUGAGGAGAUUCCAGGAAGUUUACACAAAUUAUCAAGUGCCAACUAAAGAUAAAAAAGGGAGUUUUCGUAAAACGUUUGGUAAAGGUGAUUCAGCCGAUACUGUUUCCAGAUCCUCUGAGGGAUCCAAUCGUAACUCACUGAUCAGCACCCAGUCCACUGACAGCGAAACGAGUCUGAAUGUUGAGCGAGAAAAACUUGUCGAUGGAAGUGGCCGUCAACUUCCAAAUCCACCUGUACCUAAGCCAAGAACAAAAAGCAUAUUAAAAAUGAAAUCUAAUUAUGGCCCGGUUGAUGAAACAGAGGGAAAAGUGUUGAAUCUGAGCGAUAGUGGAAUACUAGCGGAGAAUACAAUUUAUAAUGAGCGUUACUCUGAUCUUGACGGCAAAGAAUCUUUCCAGCAAACCAUACCUGAAUUAAAAACACCGUCUUUUUCGCAAUAUCCUGACAAAUAUGCAGGGUUGGAUUUAAAAUUGCCUCCAAUCAUUCCACCAAAACCUCCCCGUACUCGUGAAAUUAUCCUUCACCGUCAAGUGAAUGGAGGUUUCGGGUUUUCUUUGCGGAGGUCAAAUAUCGAAGAGAGAGCACCAAAUGGGAGUAUUGUGAAACGUGUAAUUCAUUUUGCAGAACCCAGUGCAUCAAUUAAAGAAAAUAUGACAGGACUUUUACCGGGCGAUCGGCUGAUUGAAGUGAAUGGAUUCAAUGUGGAAAAUGUGCCUCGGGAUGAUAUAAUAGUAAAGAUUAGAGGUUCUAGUGAAACGGUUACAUUGAAAGUUCAACCUAUACCCGAGCUUGUUGAAUUAAGUGUGCGUUCCAGCUACGAAGGAAAUGAAGGUACCCCAAAGAAAAGUGGGUCACUACGCAUGAGUGGGAGUCUCCGGCUUGCAAGAGACAAGGCUAAAUCAGAUGAUCAGUUAGCAUCUGAGAAGGCUGUGAUUGAUGCAGAGAAGGUAUGGCUACUACACAGAGGAGGAUUCAGUGCUGCCAAGCUUCUCCAGUCCGAUGGCAACGAGCCAGUCGAAGGACGUGUCAAAAUCAAAUUGGAACACAGUGGAGACAUCAUUGAAGUAGACGAUGAUGAUAUUGAGAAGGCCAACCCUCCGCAGUUUGAUCGUGCCGAGGACCUGGGACUUCUACCGUAUCUCAAUGAAUCUGGUGUGUUGCAUACCUUGCGCCAACGCUACGCAAGCAAUCUUAUCAAAGUACUUGGUGUUCUGCAGAUGUUUAAAGGUUGCAAGGCAGAGGAUAUGCCUCCACAUAUUUAUGCCACAGCACAGACAGCCUACAAGAAUCUACUUACCUCACGAAUGGACCAGUCCAUUAUUUUUCUGGGGCAAAGUGGUAGCGGAAAGUCAACAAGUGCUAAACAUGUAAUCAGUUAUUUGACUAAUGCUGCUGGUUCAGUAAAUAAUUUUGUCACAGCUGAGAAGAUGCAUGCUGUUUCGACAUUAUUAGAGGCAUUUGGUAAUGCACGGACCAUUCAGAAUUCCAAUGCCACUCGCUUUGCCCAGGUCACUUCUCUGGAUUACGACUACUCUGGUCAGAUUGCUGCUGGAUCAGUCCAGAUUCUGAUGCUAGAGAAGUAUCGUGUGGUUAGAAGACCAGACGAUGAACCAACAUUUAAUGUAUUCUACCACUUAUUGGCAGGAGCUGACACAGUCUUAAAAAAAGAACUACAUCUCAACCAGCUGUUUGACCAAAACUACUUCAUUAAUUAUAAGUUUACAGAUAAACAAGCAGCUUUGAAUGGUUGGAACAAAGUACAAACUGCUUGCCAAAUUCUAGGCUUCACACCUGAUGAAUGCAGAGCUCUGUGGAGUGUUGUUGCAGCCAUCAUACAUCUCGGAGCAGCUGGAGCAAUGAAAGGUGCAGGAAGUGCCCGUUCACAGUUCUCUAGGCCAGCUGAAGCCCAAAAGGCAGCCAGUGUCCUCGGAACAUCUCUGGAGGAGCUAGCAAGGAACACCUUCAACCCAAAGUUGGGAGGAACCCCAACCAGAAGCCCAUUAGCUAGGAAUCUUACAGAAGGCAGGGAGUCACCAUCUGGAGAUAGCAGCAAUUCAACAGCAGUGGAGGCCCUCCAAGGAAUGGCUGUUGGGCUUUACCAAGAAUGUGUCAAUGCGCUUGUGUCUAUGAUCAACAAGAAAUUAUCAAGUACAUAUCGCACUGUAGCUUCCAUACUGGUGUUGGACUCAUCUGGGUUCCAAAACCCUGCAUCGAUGGGUCGCAGUGAAGGAGCAAGUUUUCAGGAUUUGUUCAGCAACUAUGCUCAGGAGCGUCUACAGCUACUCUUCCAUGAAUCAACAUUCACCUCUCAACAUGAUAGAUAUGCUCAGGAAAACAUCGACUUAGGGUUUGAUGAGCAAGAAUCGACUCCAGCAGCAAUGGUUCAAUUGAUAGACAGACAACAAGUUAUUCGUACUUCGGCUCAAGAUGGAGGCGAUCCUAAAGGGUUGCUAUGGCUACUAGAUGAGGAGUCAAUGUACCCCAGUGCUUCAGAUGAUUCCUUCAGUGACGUUAUCAAUUUAAACUACGAUGAAGAAUCAAAAAAAUUGGAUGGGCUUAUUCGCACAGGCAGUGAAAGGUACACAUUUGUGCUUAACCACUUACUUGGUAGUAUUUCAGUGCAGUAUAACUUUAAGAAUUGGAUCAAGUCCAAUCGAGAAAAUCCCUCAGCCAAGAUGGCUACUUCACUCCUACAAGACUCUCAAAAAAAAAACAUCAGUAGCCUUUUUAUAGGCAUGUCGGGAUCACUUCCUGCAACAAUGAUGGGUUCUGUUGCAGGCAUAGAAGGUGCUUCAUCCCUUCGCCGGGCCUCAAGUAUACGCCGAGCCUGGACGAGUGGUACUGCCGCCAUCAAGAGGAAAUCAGUAUGUCUUCAAGUCAAGUUCCAAGCGGAUGGUCUAUUGGACAGUAUUAGGAGAACCAAACAGCAUUUUGUUCAAUGUAUUUUACCUAAGAAUGAUGCUGGUCUAGUUGAGACAAGGAACAACUCUAACAAGUCUUCCAGCCCACAUGGAUUCACUGACCUUCCACUGGACAUCCCACUCCUUGUGGCCCAGCUCAAGGGUCUUGAGGUCAUAGAAGCUACAAGACUCUACAGACAAGGUUUCCCAGAAAGUAUGAUGUUUCCAGAAUUCCGGAGGAAGUUUGAUAUCCUGGAUGUCAGCAGUGAGAAGACAGAACCUAUCCUGGAUGAGAAGAAGGCUGUUGAAGAAUUACUACAGUGCUUAGAUGUUGAUGCAACUAGCUUCCGUAUUGGGCUUAGUCAAAUUUUCUUCCGUCCUGGAUCUUUAUCACGUCUCGAGGAACAACGUGAUGACAAACUGAGUGACAUAGUGACUGAAUUACAAGCUCGCUGUCGAGGUAUCAUAGCCAGGAGGAGACUAAAGCAGCUAAAGAUUCAGCGACUGGCUGUGACUUGCGUUCAGCGCAAUGUAAGAAAGUUCAUCAAGGUACAAGCUUGGCCAUGGUGGCGUCUGUAUACUAAGGUUCUACCACUUCUAGAUAUUCAUCGCACCGAGGAGGAACUCAAGAUGAAAGAUAUUGAGUUGGACCAACUUAAAAACAAGUUUGAAAGAAUUGAGAAAGAACGAAACAUAUUCAAGGAAAAUUUUGAAAAAAUGGAAUCUAAGAUGUCUGAAAUGUCAGCAGAUUUAGCAGAAGAGCAUGCGACUGCUAACCAUGCUACAGAAAUGCUAGAGGCAGAAACGGCAGAGAGGCUUAGACUUGAAAAAGAACUUAAGGAAUUAAAGGCAGCACAUUCCAGUUUGCAACGUAAGAUGGAGAAAAUGGAGAUGGAGGUAAUGGAGGCAAGGAUGGUGGUUCGGACAUCCUACAUGGACCCUGAUUAUGACAGUGAAGAGGAAGAAGAAGACUCAAUUUACAGGCAGAAAUAUGAAAAGUUAAGAAGAGAAAUGGAGAUGAUGAAGAAACGUUUACAACAUGAACAUGAAGAAGAAUCAGAAAAACAGUAUUCCAUUAAGAAAUCUCUUGAAAAACAGUUAGUAGAAUCAAAUAGAGAUAUUGAUGAUUACAAGAAACAGAUACAAACAUUAAAGAAGAAGAGUCAGAAACAAAUGCAAGAGCAUCAGGACCUUCAUCUACAUCUUGAGUCACAACAAGCACGUAAUAACGAACUAGAAAAGAAACAGAGAAAGUUUGACAAUGAACUACACAAAAUACAGGCAGAAGGACAAAAAGAAAGAACACAGCGAGAACGAUUACAGCGUGAAAGAGACAUUCUACAGUCAGAAAGUUAUCAUCUCAAGCAGGAACUUGAGGAUAUGAAAUCUGAAGUUUCAAUUAAGGAAUCGUUAAUGGAUAAUCUACAAUCUGAACUGAACGAUGCAUCAAAAUUCGGAGGUAAAGAUGAAAAAGAAGUAAUGGCACUAAAAAAAGCUAAACGGGAAUUAGAGGCUAAAGUUCAGGACCAGGAAGAGGAGCUGGAUGAUCAAGCAGGUGAAAUUCAACAGCUUUCACAGGCUAAGCUACGUUUAGAGAUGCAAAAUGAAAAGAUGAAGAUGGCACACCAAAAAGAACUUGAUGCAAAAGAUGAGGAAGUUGAAAGCAUGCGAAGCAGUUGUCAAAAUAAGUUGAAACAACUUGAAGUUCAAAUUGAAGAAGAGUAUUCCGAACGGCAGUCAGCCAUCCGAGAAAAGCGAGAUAUAGAAAGACAACUUACAGAACUACGUGACCAUGCGUCGCAAGGCGACAAGGACGUUGAGCGACGACUUCGCAAAGAUCUUAAAAAGACCAAAGCAUUGUUAAGUGAUGCGCAAACUGUGCUUGAUAAACAGCAGACAUCAGCUUCCACGAGUGCUAAGAUCAAACAGCUUAAGAAUGAGCUGGAAGACACACAGUACACAGUGAUAUCGGCAGUGAAAGCUCGUCAGAGCAUUGAGACAGAGCUUGCUGAUAUACAAUCUCAAUUAGAUGAUGCUUUAAGGGCAAAAUCUGAAGCUGAGGAGAAAGUAUCGCGUUUAAAUCGUGAGAAUAAUGAAUUGCAGUCUCGUAUUGAUGAUCAAGAUGAAGAUUUCAACGAACUUCUCAAAAAACAUAAAGCUUUUGUAUUCCAGGCAUCCAGUGACCAUGCUAGAAUGUCGGAGCAUCUACAACAGAUAACGGAGCUUACGGAGCAGAAACAGCAGCUGGACGAGAAGGUCACUGAACUCACUAAUAAGAUGGAGUACAUGGGACAGACAAUGGUUGAGAAGAAUCAAGUUACUAGGUUAGAAGCAAGAGUGCAUUUGGAGGAUGGAAAAGAGCUAUUUGGUCAUAUGGAACGUCUUAAAGAAAGCCUAGAAGCAAUAGCAUUGGAGAAGGACCAACUGAAACAAAGAGACCAUAGGGCACAGGAGUCCAUGAAGAAAGUACAAAAAGAACUAAGAGAUUUAAGAGAACAAUAUUCUGUACUCCAACGAAAAGAGGUCGAUGCAAGUAAAAAGAAACAUGAAUUUGAGGUUGAUGUGCAGAACCUUGAGGAGACAAACGAACAAUUACAAUCUGAUCUAAAAUUAGCGUUCAAAAGAAUCAAGGAUCUACAAAAUGCCCUGGAGGAUGAGAUAGGAACAGAUAGUGAUAUUGAUGAUAGUGAUGUAGGAAGCGACGAUGACACUUAUCUAAGACGGUAUAGUAGAUCUUACUCAUCUUCCUCUCGUCAACGUCUAAGUAGCAGCAGUAGCUUAGAUUACCGACAUGGUGGAUUAAGAACAUCAUACUCGGAACAUUCUGGCUCAGAAGAGUCGUUCGCAAGUAAAGCCAAAUACCCUGUCAAUCACCAAAGCUCAGAAGAAGAAGCAAUAGAAAGAAAAUCAAAUCGACGAACCCUGGAUGAAAUUAGUGAUGAUAUUCCUGGUUUAUCUAAAUCCAAUAGCUUCAAACAAUCUACGCCAAAUUCCAUUACAACUCGCAAUUUCAGUAUAGACAGUACACAAGAUGAAAAAGUACUAAGCCCAUCUCGGCUGUCAUUUGAAUUGAAAAAUGGACACGAAGAUAGUUCACACAGUAGCGAAACAAGCAGCAGCCCUCGCGUCUCGGAUAUAUUGAGCCCGCGAGAUAAGAAGAGCACGAGACGAGCAUCACGUGGUUCACCCAUUCAAGGACGUAAAAAAAAAGGCCUGGUGGUAAACCCAGAUUACUUAUAAUAGAUCUGAAAUUAGGCAACUAAAGAAAAACAUUAUCGACAAGCAUUAUAGCAACCAAGAUUUUUCUUAUUGACCAUGAUGAUGAUGAUGUUUAAUUGAUUUUGAUUUUUGUAUUCUUUGUGAGAAGAUUACUCAGUUUUAAAGAAUAUACUGGUAGCAAAAAAAUGGUAAAAUUAAUCUUAUUAAAAUACUGGUACGUGCACUUUAUAACAUCUACCUUUGUAAACCAGCAAAGAUAAUCCAGCAUUUCUUUAUUGAAGUAGAGAAGCUUCAAUCCGUUAUUGUAGGAUUAAGUUAAACUGUACCAGAUUUGGUACUGUUUGCUACCUAGACACGUUGAGUCAACAUGAAGGCAGCAAAUUGGACGUGACUUGUCAUAUAUUUAUGAGUUGCCUUUCAGUGUAAUAACCUCCUUUUAUAUGUAAUAUUUUGUAAUAAUAAUAGAAAGAACAAAGGAUUGGCAUUUGUUCUAUUGCCAUCUCACCUUACGUUAAUUGUGAUACAAAUUUAAAAUAAGAAUUGUAUGAUUUACAGAAAUUCGUACAUUUUUUUUUUGUUAUAUCCACAAACCACAGUGUUUAGAAAACUAAUCUUCAGGGGGCGGGAAUGUCAAUUACCAAGCUCAAAUCAUAGUACAAUAUUUUAAGUUUGUAAAACUGAUAUAUUGAUUUUAUAAAUAUUUUGUGUGUAUUAAUAAUCUCGUAUUAAAUAUUAUGAGAAGCAUCAGGUAUAUUGAAGCAUAUAACUAACUUUCAAGAAAAACAAGGCUUUCAUUUGAGAAAAUGUUAGAGAAAGAGAAGCUAACAUGUUGCAGUUAUUUGUAUAUUAGUAUUGAAUUUAGAAAUGUGUGCAAUUUUAAAAGAUGGUCACUUAAAAAAAAGACAUAAUUUGAAUUAAUAUUGACAGGUAGUCAGAUGAAGGAUUUCAUCCAUUGGUGAUCGCACUGACAGGUUUUAUUGACUUUGUUGAAUUACGGAGUAAAAAAAUAAAAUACGUUAACAGCAAGGACUGUUUAUAACACCAUAUCUGUUUGACGGAUGAGGCACUAAUUAUAUUUCGCAUUAUUUUAAUAUGGUAUAGGACUAGUAAACUUUUAUUUAACAAUGGUGUAUGUGGAGCUGCUACUGUAAUAUAGUUAUAUAACUGGUUAUCAAUCGAUGGCUUUUGCGCUGUACACCUGGUGCCGGUUUAAAAGAUUAUGCAAAUUAUUUAUUUACAUGUUAAUGUUAACAUUUUUAAUAGAUCGAUUGUACAAUAGUUUGUCUAUUGUUUACAUUGAAUUACAUUUGAUUUUGCACCAGUUUUCCUGAAUUUUUCAUCUGAUCUUAUUGUGAAACCCCCUACCCCUUUCCUAAAAACCCUCACCCAUACCCUAAAAACCCUCCACUAAACACCACAAGCACAUGAAUCUAGCAUACAUAGUCAUUGUGAUUAAAAUACAUAUGAAACUAUUAAAAUGAAUAACUUAUAUUUUAAAAUCUGUUUUAUAAGAAAUAAUAUCAAUUAAGGCAUACAGACGUGUCACAUUCAUUCACAGACGUGUUGUUUAUGUGAAUGUGCUUAAAGAUAUUCUUGGUUGUGAAAUCUAAAAACCAUAUAUGUGUGUAUCACUCCCAAUUUUACUUACAAGUCUUCCCUUGUGCAUAAGCCCAGGGUUUGAUUGUAAUGAAUAGCCAUCUGACAAUUACAAAUACUUUUUGGGGGGAAAAAACGAAGAUUGGCUUUUAUUGGCAAGUAGUACCUUUUCAUUGACCAUCUCUGAAAAUUAAUGGACAUGCUAUCAGCUUCCAAAUGGAUCGUCAAUUUUCUUUUGAAAAGGCAAUUCCCCUAUGUAUAAGCCCACCCCCAAAAAUCGGCCUAACUUUGUGUUCGGGGCGGGGGUGGUGCACGCUUAUAUCAAAGGAACUGUGGUAUAGUUUCUUGCUGAUUCACAGACUUUUUACUACAAAAGUCCUUAUUUGCGUACCAGUCAAUUUAAAGCCAUUUUUACACUAAGCGAACUUAUUCGCCAAAUCAAAAAGCGUUAGUAUGUUUUCUGAGCUCUGAUUGGUUAAGCAUUAUUUUGCUUCACAAAAAGUAGAAACAGUUUGAACUACUCAUUUCGCUAAAGUGAAAAGCAUAAACCGACACUUUCGAUUCAUGUGAAGAAAUUCGCUUAGUGUAAAACUAGCUUAAGGGACUAUGCAAAGAAUGUAAGAACAGUAUAUUUAUACAGUAUCUUUUAAUUUCCAAGGAAAAUAUUUUUUGUUCUACAUGUAAUUUUCAAUUUGAAGCUCAUAAUUUGAAUUGAAAAAUUGAGCAAUUUUUGGAAUAUAUUUAUUCAGUUUCUUUUAAUUUCUGAGGAAAAUAUUUUUAGUUCUACAUAUAAUUUUCAAUUUAAAGCUCAUAAUUUAAAUUUAGAAAUUAAGCAAUUUUUGAAGAGUUUUAAUCAGAUUUCACCAUGAGAUGAUACAGCACUGUAAAUCAUUAACACAUGAUAAUCACAACAGAGUUUAUAAACACAUCAAAAUCUCAAUUAAACUGAACAUAAUACAGAAAACCUUUGUCGUGCUAACAUUUGGCUUCCAACAAAGCUAUCAAUCUUCUUGUGAAGCACAAAGGUAAAACCAUUGAUGCUUUCAGUUUCAGUAUUGCAGGAUAUCUAAUAGAAAAAAAAAAAAAAAAUUUAUUUAUGGAUUUUUCAAAACUUACACUUAUUAUCCAUAAUUCAUUUCUUAGAUACUCUUUUCAUAAAAGUGAAACCUAAUUGAUAUACAGGUACAAUAGAAACCUAUUUUGUGAGCUGAUUUUGUUAUUUGUAGCAGUACACAAUAUAUGUUUUGUUCACCCCCUCCAAAUAGUGGUAGUGUAGAGGGGAGUGCUGAGUGAAUCAUAUAUUUAUUAAGGAUGAUUGGGAUAGUGAAGUACAGUGAAGCAGUGGUGUAUAUAGGGGGUGUGCGGGGCACACGCAUCCCCAAAAAUUGCUCACUCCUCAGUCCCCCCUCCCCCACCCAAAAAAACCACAGUCAAGUAGUUAAAAAUCACCUCAUUUUGCGAAUUAGCGCCCCUCGAAUGAUCAUCGUGCCCCCUCCCACUUCAUCUUUACGCCCCCAUCAGUACCCCUAUUUCAAGACUUCUAGAUAUGCCACUGGUAAUCAAUGAGGGUUGUUGAGUGGGAUUUUGGAGUACAGUAAUGAGUGAGAGUCGUUGACUGGGAUGGUGCAGUACAGUAAUGAGUGAGAGUUGUUGAGUGAGAUGAUGAAGUAAAGUUAUGAGUUGAAUGACUGAGUACAGUAUACCUAAUGAGUGGUGAUAAGCAGAAGGAUCUAACAUUCAGGAUUCCUGUAUAGUUGACUUUAUUACAAAUUUUGCACGACGAUAUGCUUGUUAUGUAUUAGUGAGGUGAUUGUUAAUGUGUGAAUAAUGUAGUAGGCCUACUGAUGGAAUGUUGAUUGGUGAUGAGGUAGCAGGUGGUAAGUGCAUUUUGGUAGUGAUGGUGGGUUUCCCUCAUUUUGUUUAAUCUUAAUACAAAGCAUUUACUUACAUUCAAUGUAUUUAGUAAUACUACUGAUCCUAUUGGUGCUUAACCAAGUGUAACCCGACGAUUUAAAAAGUGAGAUAUUAUUAGUAAUGUACUACAUAGGCCUACUGUACAUGGUUUGCAGUGAAGGUCCUUCUAAAAAGUAUAGACAUGAAAACUGCUGUACACCAAUGUCAUUGAUUAAUUUGUACAAUAAUGUGGGGUUUUUGCGAUCUACAUUUCCUCGGAAAAGUCCACAUGUACACAUUGUUGUAUCAUCUUGUUUUCAUUUUAACAGAGAUAUUUUAUUAUUAAUUUAGUUAUCAGUAACUGACCUAGCACGGCAUGGUGGGGAGUGAGAAGAACAUUUUCGGAUUGGAAAGCCGAACCGACCAGAAAAUCGGAUCAGUAUGUAAGAAUAGGGACGCUGGCGUUCGGCGCUUCAGCAACGCGGGCCGAAUUUCGUUUCAGGUCCGAUGUGAAUGCUGCUUUAAAGUUGUGAAACUGCUUCUGAUUUGUUGCUAUUAUUAUUAUUCAUAAUCUGGUAAUUGUUUAUUAUCAUUGUUGCAAUGUAAGAUUGAAGAAUUGAGUCAUAAAGUUAAAUAAUUUGUCCAAAACUUAUACCUACUAAGACCAAUAAAAAGCUUUUAUUUCUAAACACUU